GGGUUUAUGAGAUGCCCGACGAGGAGGUCCUGGCCACGCCCCACAUUCCAGCUCUGGAUUUCCGCGGCUUCGACCACGACGAGCUCUUGCUCCUCGCCAAGGGCUACCGCGAGGAUCCGUUCCAUCUGCUGGUGCCACGGAUCGAUCGCAGCCUCUUCAACGAGAGCGCCAGCUCCAAGAUGCAAACGUUUCAGUCGAUGUGCGAUGACGACUCCUCGGAGGACCGCGGCGGCGGGGGUGGCGGCGAGGAUAUUUCGGAGGUGUGUGUGAUGAACAAGAGCGAGGCGUCGUGGCGGGAGAGCAGGGAUCGGCGGCCGCUGGACGAGGCGGAGGCGCUGAGUGAGCACAUCCUGGAGAUGCAAGGUACUUGGAUUUCGCCCUCUAGGCAGGAGAAGCUUGUGGCGGCUAAAGGGUUUCCCGAGGGCUGGACAGUGAUUGUGCGGCUGCGGUGGAGAGAGGAGCGAUGCUAUCUGGAGUUUCGAGACUACAAGAGCCCAGAUGGAAGGUCGUGGCCUUCGUUCAAGGCGGCGGCCAGCUAUCUCAUCUCCAACCUGGAUAACAUAGAUCUUGCUGGGAUUCUCGACAGCACUGGGAAAGCAGAGGAUACAGUGGAAAGAGAGACGGCAUCAGAACAAAAUGGCGAGGCCGGCGAGUUCGUUGACAUCGAGAGUGGCACGGAAGAAGAAAUGGAGCUGAUUGACAACAACAAGAAGAGAAAACGCACGCCUAUCAAGCAAAAGAAGCUUGACGACAUUCCCGAAACGCAAGAAACAUUCCAUGUAGAGAACGGGGACGCCGAGAAGACGCAACAGGAGGACGAUACCCCUAAGGUGGCGGAGCAAAACGAGCAGGCUGCGCGAAACUCCAUUGACUGUCAGGCCCAGCAAAACUGCGGCAGGCUUGACACGGCCGGCAACCACGAGCAAGUCCAUCACGGUGAGAUCUCUUUAACUCCACAAGCAAACGAUCGAUUCGUUUGUGAAGGUUGCGGGAAGAUCUUUGGCUCGAAGAGCCAAUACUGGGGGCACCAAAGUGUCCAUGCGAAGAAGCGAAGGCGCAGAGAAGCUAUCCCGGAAGAGAAGCAAGAGGAGGCACAGACCUUCUCGUCUCUUGUUGGAUGGCUGGACGAAGGCUGCCAAGAAUGCAAGAUAUCGGUGCUGGGGAACGAGCUAAGUAUUUGCAGCUGGUGCGAGAAAGAAUACCACUUAAGCUGUGUGGGAAGGAGCGCUGGCGAGACUUUACCUCCGCACUGGACGUGCCCGGCCUGUAUACUUCUCUAACCGACGGUCGUCUUGUGGGUAAGCUGCGUCAUUGCUACUCGCUGAUUCAGUUUUUGAGCAGGACAGACAGGAGAGCUGUGUUGUAGCUCCUUGACUUGAAUGAAAUCAAAGACAAUUUUUUCA